AUGAAUCCAGAGCAACCGAACAAUCUAAAUGUGGAUAUGGAUAGUACCCCUUCGUCUCCCACUCCUGCUCCACCCAAAGCUGCUCCCCAGAGAGGCCAUGUACCUCAGUACAAGCUUCUGUUCACAGAACCUAAACAAGUACUUCAGUUCGAUUUUAUGGAUGGAUUUCGUGCCGAAGUAGUGAAGGGGGUGACUCCCGCUCUUAUGAUUACGCAUGGGUAACACAAAUGAGUUCUGGCUCACUUCCAAGAUUGAUGCUUGGUUCUAACUACUUUCCUCAGCAAAUUGGUAACUCCGUUUAUAACUUGUCGAUCGACGCUAUGAAAAAGACAGUACAUUUGAAAUUGGUUCUUCUAGCUAGGCUCGUAUCAACGCCAGUUUAGACUCGCUCUGGCAUAUCGGUGGCGUUGUGCACGGCUUCCUUCGACCGGAUCUCAUGUGCAUGCUACAAGUGCAGACCUCCCGAAACCCGGCAGAAGACCGCGUCGUCGGCGAAUUAGCGUACACAGGCCCUGUAUCCAUUCUCACGGACUCGCCUACCCAUAGGACUACAAUGUCAGCACGGAUGUGAUGAUCGGCAGACAAGUUGGCUUCAGCUACAGCCAAUACAUCACCAAAGACUGGACGAUGGGUCUGGAGGCGAAAUUCCAAAUCCCGGACCGAGACUUGUCGUAUGCGGUG